AGGGACCAUGCCGUCCCAAGUUCAAGGAUAAAACCCAUCCGGCCCUGGUGCCAUCAUAUUCCAUCUCCAGAGUCUUCCUCCACCAUUGGGACUCCUCCCUGCUGAAAAGCAGACUAACAGCAAGGGCACAAAAGCCAUGCUAUUACAUAGCACCCUGGUGAAGCAGAGGAAGCAGCCAGGAUCAGCCAUCAUGAAGGAAAGCCACAGAAAUGAUGCAGAGGGCAUGGAUCUGGGCAAAAAAGUCAGCAUCCCCAGAGACAUCAUGUUGGAAGAACUGUCUCAUCUCAGUAAUCGUGGUGCCAGACUGUUUAAGAUGCGUCAAAGAAGAUCUGACAAAUAUACAUUUGAGAAUUUCCAAUAUGAGUCUAGAGCACAAAUAAACCACAAUAUUGCUAUGCAGAAUGGGAAACUGGAUGGCAGUCCCAUGGAAGCUGCUUUACAGCAAGCACCCCUGACUCCCCCCAACACCCCAGAUCCACGAAGCCCUCCAAAUCCAGAGAGCAUUGCACCAGGAUAUUCUGGGCCCCUGAAGGAAAUUCCCCCUGAAAGAUUCAACACCACCGCUGUCCCUAAGUACUACCAGUCCCCCUGGGAACAGGCCAUCAGUGAUGACCCGGAGCUCUUGGAGGCUUUGUACCCUAAACUUUUCAAGCCUGAGGGAAAGGCAGAACUACCCGAUUACAGGAGCUUCAACAGAGUUGCUACCCCAUUUGGAGGUUUUGAAAAAGCAUCCAAAAUGGUCAAAUUCAAAGUUCCAGAUUUUGAGCUACUACUGCUAACAGAUCCCAGGUUCAUGGCCUUUGCAAAUCCUCUUUCUGGAAGACGGUCCUUUAAUAGGACUCCGAAAGGGUGGGUAUCUGAGAAUAUUCCCAUUGUGAUAACCUCGGAGCCUGCAGAGGAUGCCGCCAUGCCAGAAUCAGAAGACCUCUGA